CUUCUCAACCCAUUACUCAUUCCGAAUUUUCGUUAGGCCUUGAAAUUCCCGAACUAACUGGUGACAACUAUAAGGUUUGGAGAGAAAGAGUUCUCCUACACUUAGGUUGCAUGGACAUUGAUUAUGCUAUUAGGAAGGAUGAACCGCCCGCCAUUAAUGCACAAAGUACUCCGGCUGAAAUUGCGCUAUAUGAGCGAUGGGAGAGAUCCAAUCGACUCAGCGUAAUGUUUAUAAAAACUAAAAUUUCAGCUGGAAUUCGUGGCUCGGUUGAUCAGCAUAAGAAUGUCAAUGACUUGCUUAAGGCUAUUGAUGAUCAAUUUGUCACUUCGGAAAAGGCCUUAGCAAGUACCUUAAUCAUGAAAUUCUCCUCACUCCGUCUCACAACCGUUAAGGGUGUGCGAGAGCACAUCAUGAAGAUGCGGGACAUAGCGGCUCAAUUGCAAAAUUUGGAGGUAACAAUGUCGGAGGCGUUCUUGG